UGCGCUGUGCGCAGGCAGCAGCCCGGUGCUUGCUCCCGGAGCGUGCCGUCUGGGAGUCGGCGUGGUCCCAGUGCUGCUAGGGGCGAGUCUGUAGCGCGAGGCGUCCUUGAGCUGAGGACCAUGAACCGCAGCCGCCAGGUGACGUGCGUGGCCUGGGUCCGCUGCGGCGUGGCCAAAGAGACUCCGGACAAGGUAGAGCUUAGUAAAGAAGAAGUGAAACGUCUCAUUGCUGAAGCAAAGGAAAAAUUACAAGAAGAUGGUGGCAGUGACGAAGAGGAGACAGGCGAUCCUUUGGAAGAUGGCAUGCAGAGUGCACGUACCCAGGCGCGGCCAAGGGAGCCCCAGGAAGAUGGUGACCCAGAGGACGACAGGACGCUGGACGACGAUGAGCUGGCCGAGUACGACUUAGAUAAAUACGAUGAGGAAGGCGACCCCGAUACCGAAACUCUUGGUGAGUCUCUCUUGGGUCUUACAGUCUAUGGAAGUAAUGACCAAGAUCCUUACGUUACUCUGAAAGAUACGGAGCAGUAUGAACGUGAAGAUUUCUUGAUCAAGCCCAAUGACAAUCUUAUAGUCUGUGGCAGAGCCGAACAAGACCAGUGCAAUUUAGAGGUGCACGUUUAUAAUCAGGAGGAAGAUUCUUUUUAUGUGCAUCAUGAUAUACUCCUGUCUGCAUACCCUCUAAGCGUGGAGUGGCUGAACUUUGAUCCUAGCCCAGACGAUUCUGCAGGAAAUUAUAUUGCUGUGGGAAAUAUGACUCCCGUUAUUGAAGUGUGGGACCUUGAUAUAGUGGACUCUUUAGAGCCAGUCUUCACACUUGGAAAUAAGCUAUCAAAAAAGAAGAAAAAGAAAGGAAAGAAGAGUUCCUCAGCCGAGGGGCACACCGAUGCUGUCCUGGACCUUUCUUGGAAUAAGCUGAUCAGAAACGUGUUGGCAAGCGCAUCAGCUGAUAACACUGUCAUUCUGUGGGAUAUGUCCUUGGGGAAACCAGCAGCUAGCCUUGCUGUACACACAGACAAGGUCCAGACUCUGCAGUUUCAUCCAUUUGAAGCACAGACUCUGAUUUCCGGAUCCUAUGAUAAGUCAGUGGCUUUGUACGACUGCCGAAGUCCAGAUGAAAGCCAUCGGAUGUGGCGUUUCAGUGGUCAGAUUGAGAGAGUGACUUGGAAUCACUUUUCACCUUGUCAUUUUUUGGCCAGCACAGAUGACGGCUUUGUAUAUAAUCUGGAUGCACGUUCAGAUAAGCCAAUUUUUACACUUAAUGCACACAAUGAUGAAAUCUCUGGUCUUGAUCUAAGUAGUCAAAUCAAGGGCUGUCUUGUGACAGCAUCAGCAGACAAAUAUGUGAAAAUCUGGGACAUAUUAGGAGACAGGCCAAGUCUGGUUCACUCCAGGGACAUGAAAAUGGGAGUUCUCUUCUGUUCUUCCUGUUGUCCUGAUUUGCCCUUUAUUUAUGCCUUUGGAGGUCAGAAAGAAGGGCUUCGGGUAUGGGAUAUAAGCACAGUUUCAUCAGUAAAUGAAGCAUUUGGAAGACGAGAGAGGCUUGUUCUUGGCAAUACAAGAAGUUCAUCUAUCAGUGGCCCUUUUGGGAGCAGGACCUCAGACACACCAAUGGAGUCUUAAUGAGGAUCAUAAAAUUUUUAUUAUCUUAACUCAGUUUUUUUUUUUUUUUUAAAGCUGGCCUAAAAACAUCCAUGUAUGGCUACAGCCAUGUAGUGACUGGAGCAAAUCGCAUUUCCUACUGUCAGACAUUCCCUGCAGCUUGGGGGCAGCACAAACAGGGGUGGUCUUUGUGCCUGCCUUUAGGACUCCUACUGCAUUUCUUGAAGAGAAUAAUAAAAACAAAAAAGGUUUUUAAAAACUAA